AUGUCAUCCUCUGUUCCAUAUGAUCCUUAUGUUCCACCAGAAGAACAAGAAGUUCCAGAAGAGCCACAAUCUAAAGUUGCAGCUCUAAGGGCUGAAAUCGAUGAUACCGUUGGUAUCAUGAGGGAUAAUAUCAAUAAAGUAGCCGAACGUGGUGAGAGAUUGACUUCUAUUGAGGAUAAAGCUGACAAUUUAGCAGUUUCUGCACAAGGUUUCAAAAGAGGUGCCAAUAGAGUUAGAAAGCAAAUGUGGUGGAAAGAUUUGAAGAUGAGAUUAUGUCUAGUAUUGGUAGUCAUUAUUCUGCUUGUGGUGAUCAUUGUCCCUAUUGUUGUUCAUUUCACAUAG